AUGGACAGCGACACCGUCUCGCCGCAGUCGAAAAGUGAGGACGGUCCCGAGCAGAACAAACCACGCAUCAUUCCCGCAUGUCCAGAGCAGCACGACAUCACGCCAGUCACGCACGUGCACGAGCAGAGACUACACAUGCGAGUUCUGGCCGACGGCACGGACGCACGGCGCCAGCGCAACGUCGUAGCGGCACGUAAAAGUCGCGCAAAGAAAAGGCUGGAAAACGAGGUGCUCGAGAGCAAGGUCCUGGCGCUUGAGAAGAAGACCCGGGCGCUCGAGAUGCAAUGGUACAAUGAACCACCAGACCUACAAUCUAAGAUGGAAAAAUCGAGCGAGUUUGUCCGGACCUUUCGCUCCUUGUCUCGCAUGGAUGUAGCCUUAGUUGGCGGCAAGAACGCGUCGCUGGGUGAGAUGAUUAGCGCUCUUGAUAGCGAAGAAAUUGCCGUGCCACAUGGCUUUGCCACAACAUCCCACGCAUACUGGCAAUUUGUUGAGGUCAAUGGCAUCCGCAGCAGGCUUGAAGCUGCCAUUGACCACUGGCGCCAGGGCAAGACAAACCUGGUUGAUACGGGCCACACCAUCCGAUCCUUGUUCCUCGGGGGUUCCUGGCCAGGCCCGGUCGCGGCUGCGAUCGAGGCUGCUUAUCAUGACCUCGGGGCCAAGGCGGGGAUGGAUGGUCCGAGCGUUGCAGUCAGGUCAAGCGCCACAGCAGAGGAUCUCCCCACCGCAAGCUUUGCGGGGCAGCAAGAGUCGUACCUGAACAUACGCGGCGCCGAGGAACUACCGCGAAGCCACCACACGAGCGUGGCGCUCUCGGUUGGUGUGCAGCAUAUGGUCCGCGCGAACCGGGCAGGGGGCGGGGCGGGCGUCAUGUUCACGAUCGACCCCGAGAGUGGCUACGACCAAGUGGUUCUGAUCAACGCGUCUUGGGGACUAGGCGAGACUGUCGUGCAGGGCACUGUCGAUCCAGACGAGUACGAGGUGUUCAAACCACUGAUUGGUCGUGGGGCCGGUGUUUUCCCCGUGGUGAACAAGACGUGUGGAAGCAAGGCCAUCAAGAUGGUGUAUGGAGGCGAGGCAGAGACGGACGCCCCAACGACUAGUGUGCCGACGACCGCGGCCGAGCGUGCAAGCUUCGUGCUCAGCGAUCAUGAAAUCUUGCAGCUUGGACGAUGGGCAUGCGCGAUUGAGAGGCACUACGGCUGCGCCAUGGAUAUCGAAUGGGCGAGAGAUGGAGUUUCGGGCGACCUCUUCGUGGUCCAGGCGCGACCCGAGACGGUGCACUCGCAGAUGGGGCGGCCUGGCUCUUCUGGCGAAGUGGCUCAGACAUAUGUUGUCCGUGAGCCAGGACCGGUCCUGGCCACUGGACAUGCAAUCGGGACCGCCGCAGUAGCAGGUCGGGUCUGCCAUAUUGCGUCGGCUCGCCACAUGGACCGCUUCGUCGAUGGCUCCAUACUCGUCACCGAGUUCACAGACCCGGACUGGCUUGGCGUUCCCGCCAUUGUUGGCUGCGGCAAUGCCACCCGCGUGCUGCACCCCGGCCAGGACGUGACGGUGGAUUGCUCGCGGGGCACCACCGGUUACAUCCACGCCGGGCAGUCCCAGGUCGUGACGGAAAUCCUGGAUCUUGCGGCCCUCGGUCCGGCCCACACAAAAGUCAUGCUCAACCUGGCGGACCCUGCCGCGGCGUACCGCUGGUGGCGGCUGCCCCAUGACGGCGUGGGCCUCGCACGCAUGGAGUUUGUCAUCAGCAGCGUUAUCCAGGUGCACCCCAUGGCCCUACUUCACUACGAUGAGCUCCCCGAUGGCGACGACAAGCGACAAAUCGCCCGCCUGACUGCUGCGCCUGCCAUCAUUCGCAUGAGCGACUUCAAGACCAACGAGUAUGCACGCCUGCUCGGGGGCGCCAUCUUCGAGCCUGCCGAGGAAAACCCCAUGCUCGGUCUCCGCGGCGCGGCGCGCUACUACUCGCCCCGGUACAGGGACAGCUUUGGACUAGAGUGUCGUGCCAUCCAGCAACUCAGGGACCAUAUGGGCUUCACAAAUGCCAUUGCCAUGAUCCCGUUUUGCCGCACGGUGGACGAGGCGCAGAAAGUCCUCGAAAUCAUGGCUGGCCAUGGGCUCGGGAGGGAUCACGGCGUCAACAACCAAGAGCGCCUGCAGGUCUACGUCAUGUGUGAGGUUCCGUCCAAUGUGAUCCUCGCCAACGACUUCGCGGCCAUCUUUGAUGGGUUCUCGAUUGGGUCCAAUGAUCUAACCCAACUUACGCUAGGAGUUGACCGCGACUCCAGCGAGCUAGCGGCCCUUUUCGACGAGCAGGACCCGGCCGUCAAAUGGAUGAUCGAGCGGGUGAUCACGGCCGCCAGUGCGACGGAAACAAAGAUCGGCUUUUGUGGUCAAGCACCCAGUGACGACCCUACCUUUGCAAGGUUCCUCGUCAGUUUUGGGGAUCGAUUCCAUUUCCGGAGCCCAGAUAGCUUUGUGGCGGUCAAAAGAAACGUGGCCGAGGCGGAAGCGGCACGGAAGAGGCCGGGCACGCCAAAUGGGAGCUGACUUGGGCAUUGUUCUCCAUGGUGGGAUAUUGUUUGGUAGGCGCGAUGGCAGUUAUUCAUAAUUCAAGUCCGAUGUUGUCAGUUAUUAGCACUUGCAACUCAUGAACCCGGCUCUGUAUAGCCGAGCCUCACUGUUUCGUGCGCAUGGCAUGUAAGAUGCGGUGCUUGCUCGUAAUCACAUGUUGCGCGUCCGUUGUCGCUGCAAAGUGUGUCGACUGCCAAAUAUGCAGCCUUGUAUGACUGACUAGCUGCGGCCAAUGGGCACAGAAGGACCCCUCGGGAGGACAUGCAGCCGGAAUACGGCGGCGACCUGGA